AUGUUAAAAAAAUUAAGACCGGCUAUAAAACCUAAAUCGAUUUCAUGUGAUUUUGAACAAGCAGCCAUAAAAUCAAUAAAAAAAGCAUUUCCUGAUGUUAAAAUAUAUGGGUGUUUAUUUCAUUUGUCGAAAAAUUUUAAAAAGCAAGUUGGUGUAUUAAAUCUCACAACUCGAUAUAACAAUGACGCUGAUUUUUCUAUAUCAGUUAAAAUGAUAAUUUCAUUAGCAUUUGUAAAAAUAGAAGACCUUGAUUUUGCAGUUGAUUUAUUAGCUCAAAAUCUUGAUGAGGAAUUAAAUAAUUUAUUAGAAUGGUUCGAAGAUAAUUAUUUAGGUCGAACUAACCGUAAUGGUCGAGGAAGAAGAAAUGCGCGUUUCCCUCCAGAAAUUUGGAAUUUAUUUGAUAGAGUCUUAAAUUCCGAAAAUAGGACAAAUAAUCAUGCUGAGGCAGCAAAUAGGAGGUUGAAUAUUGAAAUGGGAGUGCGUGGCCCAACAAUUUGGACAUUUAUAAAUUGCCUAAGAAGGGUUCAAACAGGUCACGAUGUUUUUAUGGCGCAACUAACUGCUGGAGGGAGUCUCCCUAAAAAAUAA